AUGGAGGACCCCGCGGAAGCCUUUCUGCGUGCACCUGAUGAAGAUGAGUCUCCGGAUGCUAUAUUCCGCGAACCCUCGUUAUACAACCCGAUGGCCACUUUCCGUCUCCCCGCAGGCGCAGCAAGGCAUUACCAGCAACAAUAUUCUGAUAUCUACUUUCUACGGCUUACGAGACUCAAACCUGCUGUCUCGGAGGUUGCGAAAGCUGCCUGGGAAGGCUAUAACAACUGGACUGCUGCGCCGGUACCGCAGAAGACCUACCACGACGCUAACAGCAAAAAACCCACUCAAACGAUGGUAGAAGAUGAAUCUGGAAGAUUAGUUCUCACUGGAAGUCUGCUGCAAUCAAGCUUCCUGGUUACUGGCGUUGUAGCCGCAGUACUUGGGACCGAGAAUGCUGAUGGAGAAUUUGAGGUUGUCGAUAUCAAAGUCCCGGAUAUACCCCCUCAGCCUGAGCGCUGGGAAAGAGAGGAUUCCUCGGAGGGUGUCCCAGCAAAACGGAAACACAGUACAGUGGAAGACCAUAGGAACAGGUCCGCCAAAGGCAAGAAGAUCGCCUUUGUUAGUGGAUUGGGAGUUACUGGUGCCUCUGGUGAUACAGUAGCUUUAUCCCUUCUCGCGAACUAUCUUCUUGGUUACAACGGCUCCUAUUCAGAUCAGGACGAUCCCACACCUACAAACCCGUCCCGAAUUUCCCGCAUUGUAAUUGCAGGAAACUCGCUUGGAGCCAAUGUCGCCUCUACAGUCGACGACACCGCUGCUCCAGAAAAGCGCCAGCCUAAGAAAUAUGGCUAUGAUGCAUCAGCUUACAACGCCUCUCCCAUCACCCUGCUAGAUACCUUUCUCUCCGAUAUCCUCCCUAGUAUACCCGUCACACUAAUGCCAGGAGAAACCGAUCCUGCAAAUUUCUCCUUACCUCAACAAGAAAUCCACACAGCUAUGUUCCCGCAGUCCAAAGUAUAUUGCACAGCGGCAGCUCCCAGGCAACAGGCCUUACCAUCAGAACCAGGCUGGCUGGAUAACGUCACAAAUCCCUGGGAAGGGGAUAUCGAAGGAUGGAGAUUUUGGGGUACCAGCGGGCAGAACGUGGAUGAUGUCCUUCGUUACGUUAAUCCUGACGGUGAAGAGGAAUCGGAAGAAGUUGAAGACACCCAAAAUGGCAUAAGGCUGGAUCUGAUGAGCCACAUGCUUAGAUGGCGCUGUGGCGUCCCAACUGCGCCCGAUACCAUUUGGUGUUACCCAUUCCAGGACAAAGAUCCAUUCGUCAUACAAUCAUGUCCUCAUGUGAUGUUCACCGGAAACCAGCCGCGUUUUCAGUCUACCAUUAUCGAAGGCGGCCCAGAGGGAACUGGGGAUGAAACCGUCACAAAAGUAAGACUAAUAGCCCUGCCGAAGUUUCAUGAGACCGGCGAGAUAGUCCUACUGGACGCCGAAACACUUUCUGUGGAAGUCGUUAAGUUUGGCGUUGCAGAGAAGGCUGAUACCGCCGUCAAGGAAGAAGAAAUGCCUGAUGCUUCAUGA